AUGGCUCUCGACAUUGCCAGGGACAAGAUGCAACCAACACACCCGCUCCGACUGGGUUUAGAUAUAUCUUUUGCCGAAUUUUUAUACUCGUACAGCGGCCUGGAAGAAGCUGUAAAUUUUGUGCCGGAGGUAAAUUUAAAUGCAUUUUUUUAAACUUUCUCUUUUUAGGCUUCAGAUGCAAUAAAUGACGUCUCUGAUGAAGAAAGUGUGUUUCUAUCCCAUCAACUCAGAUUGCGAUGGAAUUUGUGGGAUCGUAAGAAUAUAGGCCAUUCAGUUGAUCUCACGGCCAUCAGAACCCACGACUCGUUCUGGGAGAUGUUGGUGGAAUGUUUGAUGGCGAGCGAAGUAAGUAUUUAAGUUAUUGGAAUGGCUUUUACAUUAUUUUACUUCGAUUUUUUUAAUUGUUUUAGGUAUAUCUCUAAAAAUAACAAGUGUUUUUUGAGGAAGCCUUCUGUGUUUCAUUGGCCAAUUUAACUUUAUUUCAAAAACUUUUUUUUUCAGGGUUUUAACACCGACGAGCCAAUUCUUCGCGACGAACCGUCUAGAUUCACAUUGUUCCCCUUGAAGUACCAUGACAUCUUUGCCUACUACAAGAAGGCCGUGAACUGCUUCUGGGUGCCUGAAAAAGUCAAAUUGGACGACGAUCUGGAUGACUGGGCAAAAAUGAGCGACGACGAGAGGUUCUUCAUUUCUCGUGUGUUGGCUUUUUUCGCUGCUUCAGAUGGAAUUGUCAACGAGAAUUUGAUUGAAAGGUUCAACGCUGAAGUAAAGCUUCCUGAAGCCAGAUGCUUUUAUGGAUUUCAAAUCAUGAUGGAGAAUAUUCACUCUGAGAUGUAUUCGUUACUGAUUGAUACAUACAUUAGCGACGUUGUUGAAAAGUGGGUCUUGGUUUUAUAUUAUUUUUGAUGGUUUAGGUUAACAAAAUGGACGGUUUUGGCUGUUUUCUUGACCGAGUACAUACCUUAAACGUUAAUUUCAGGAACAAGAUGUUUAACGCAAUCCAGGAGUUUGAGUUCAUCAAGAAGAAGGCUGACUGGGCUUUGAGAUGGAUUGCCGAUGAGAAAUCUUCAUUUGGCACGAGAUUGGUGGCUUUCGCUGCAGUUGAAGGUAUUUUCUUCUCUGGCAGUUUUGCAGCGAUCUUCUGGCUGAAAUCUCGUGGACUUAUGCCUGGAUUAGCGCAGAGUAACGAGCUGAUUUCAAGAGAUGAGGUACGUUGUCUUAUUUUUGUUUUAUUUUAGGCAUGAAACGCGAUUUUUUUUUCAUUUUUAUGCAAAAAUCAGUUUUGUUUAAUAGUUUAUGAUUUUUUCCUUCAGGGUCUUCACCGUGACUUUGCUUGUGUUCUAUUCAAACACUUGAACAAUCCGCCAAACAAGAAACAAGUCUACGAUAUUAUCAAAGAAGCCGUAGUGAUCGAAAAGGAGUUCCUGGUAGACGCUUUGCCAUGCAAAAUGAUCGGAAUGAAUGCUGAUAGAAUGUGUGAGUACAUUGAGUAUGUAGCCGAUCAUCUGCUGGAAGAACUGGACUUGGCCCCAAUCUACAAGUCCCAGAAUCCGUUCUCCUUCAUGUCUAACAUCUCACUGGAAGGAAAGAUCAACUUUUUCGAACGCAGAGUUACCGAGUACAAGAAGGUCGACAACUCAGCCAAGGAUGAAGCUAUGCACGACUUUACCAUUGAUGCUGACGUCUAA